CAGACUUCUGCGCAGGUACCGGUCUGCUGAACAACAACAACAAUAACAAUAACAACAAUAUGGCAUCGCCGGGACCGAGCGGCAACAAGCUGAUCGUCAGCGAGAUGCUGCGAGCGGGUAGUCAACCGGGCUCGGCGCAACAGUACCACGACGAUAUGCAGACGCAGCAGCAACGUAUGGUAGUGAUGGCCGCCGCCGUACAAGCGGGUCUGCAAAGCUCAGUGUCGCAGAACCUGUCGCCAGCAGACAUGGCGUCUCUGGCGGCGGCGAUGAGGAUGGGGAACAAUGGUGACAUGAGCGGCGGUGCACAAGGAUCGACGGGGCCGCAGCAGCAGGGCGUUCAAGCAACCGGACCAGAACAGACUCUCAGAAUGCACCAAGCGGAAGCGUUGCUGCGUUCUCAAGCCGAGGCCGCGAUAAGACUGGCUGUAUCGCAAGCGGCAGCGGCGGCGGCUAGUUCAGCGGUCAGUGGAGAAGUGAGACAUCACCUAGGACAGCAUAACGGAGGCAGUACCUCUGGCAUGCCUGGACAUCACACGAACCAACAAAUGUCUCAGCAAGAUACAUUACCGCCAGACCUUGGGGAAGCGUUGCGGUUACAAGAGCAACGAUUAGAACAGGCCUUGAGGCUUCACGGUGACCCCCGGGCGUUGAGUUUCACCCUCCAGCACGUGGUCAAUCAGCAGAACAAUCAGCAACCAUGAAAAUUCAGUUACUACUGAGACGAGUGGACCCCUUGGACGUCAGAUCAGACGGGCCUGCAGCAGCAAGCCGAACGACUCAAUCAGCAACAGCUACAAGGCAUUGAACGUUCGGUGGCUCUCAACGAGCAACAACAGCAGGGUUCGUCUGGACUCGGUCUUCUUCCCCAUCAACAACAGCAUCAACAGCAGCAGCAGCAGCAACAGCAACAGCAGCAGCAGCAACAGCAUGCCGAAGACCGUGGUGUCAAGAGGAAAGCCGACGAAAUGAUCGGUAACUCUGACAACGUGUAAAGAGCGACGUACAUCGGCGAUGAACCGUUGAAAACGGUUCAUCGUUCUCUACGUCGACUCUGACACAGGCGUCCAAGUGUGGUCAUCCGCGAAAAUACUCCUGUCUCAGCAGUAGAAACAAAUUAUCCGAUAUCAGGAACGGUGCACUUCGGUGUCAGACGUCCUGAUGUCCACUCUGACCGACUCACGGUCGGUCCAACCGUGAGACUCUUCCCCUGUACGGAAACAGGGCAGGAGGACGAACGGUCGCAUCUAGAAAUCCGUUAGACGGUGCGUGACGCAGCAGUGGCAAUGAUCUUUAAACAUCACGCGAGGGUCUCGAGACUUCCCGCGUGGAUCACGUUGUUCCUACUUCGGUCCUGAGACUAGAGUUCCUAGAACGACAACGUUCGCCGAACGAGCAGGUCCCCGUUCGUCCGCGAUCAUCGCGGCUCGGAACGGCGACCUUUUCUUUCGCGCGGUGUUAUAAUCCUUUGUUUCGUCGAAGUCGCUCUUACAGAAUUCUCAGGACGCGUUGCCACCGUCGCUGUUCUACGUCACCCCCGAAACGUGCCAUAAUAAUAAUCGAACGAAGCCGAUAAACCGGUCGCGCAAUCCGCGGGUCGUCCCUGGCGACCCAGGGCCGACCCAAGGGCGCAGUGUACUAUGGUUUUUUUUAGUACAAGAGCCGCACCCGGCGGACGUGGCCACGGGGCUAGUGGUCAGCCCCGGUCCCGGCCGCGGUCCGUCUAGGCUCAACAAACUAAACUAUAUACAUAUUAUACAUACCUGCAAACAAACAAAAAAGCCACUUUAAGGUUCCCCUUAAUCUUAGCUCCCUUAACGUUUAAGCCACGAGACAAAACGCUUUGUCUGAUACGUCGACGUGCGUAAACGAGGUCAGGUGGAUCAGCUGGCUCCUGGUACGUUCGUUACACGUCGUUAUAAUACGUACAGCAUCCCCCUUCCCGUUUAUCGGACGAACGCGAGAUUGUAAUUAAAUAACGAGGAUAAAACAAAAACUAGCAGAGAAAACGGACGGUCUGACCCGCGAUAUCGCCGCGCGGCGCGACGAGGAGGCCUCGUCGUACAGCCGCGGCGGCUAGCUACGUUUUAGUGAUACGUUGUACACAGAGAAUACUUGUUACACAGAUUACACAUCGGACACUUUACACUUACUUAUAUAAUAUACAUACACAGAAACACACACAUCGCGAAGAAGAAGAAGACGAUGAUGAAGAUGAAACCUGCUCGACAAGUAAGGGUUAUAAAAAAUGAAGAAGAAGAUGAAUGCGCGCAGAAUACGUUGUGCUGGUCGGCAGCACGAAAACUAUUAGCUCGUAAGCGGACAAACAAAAUAUAAUUAUUACAAACAGUUAUAUUAUAUAUAUUAUAUAUACAUACAGAGAGUCUGGAGUGUAUGAUGGAAGAAAGAAGAAAAAAUGAAUUGGGCCGGGGGCCACUCGACCCCGGCUCGAGUUGUACACAUUUUUAAAGCGUCGUAGGAGUGUACAAGAGCAUUUUUCGCGAGACAAAUUGCGUGAGGUGUAUACGCACGUCGGAAAAAUGACGAAGAACAAGAGAAGAGAGAAAGACGACGCGAAGAGAGAGAGAGAGUAAAUAAAAAAAAAACUAAAUGCUAAAUAUUAUAUAUAUUAUAUAUAUAUUAUAUAUAUAUUAUAAAUAUUAUAAAUAAUAAAUAUAGGGUCUAUGAGACUAGGAUAAAUUUAGGCGAAAAAGAAAAUUGAGCGAAUGAGGAGCGCGUGCCCGAGCGGAGGUACACGAGCCCCGAACAACGUCGAUGAGAGUGUGAAGGGACGGACGUUACACGAGGGUGGCCAGAGGACGAGGAGGACGGACUGGCAGGACAGAUGCAAUCGGAUAAUAGGAAACGAAUCGGACGGGGGCGAAAGAGUGGGAGAGCAAGGGAAGAAUUUAACGAGUGAACGGGACUGCUCGGGGUUUGGCGAGUACCAGCGCGGGCACGCGCGCACGGAUGAAAGGUAAGGAGAAUACGCGCGAAAGGGAAUGCUUCGUGAGCAUCAAGGAUGAGAGCGUGCAAGUGUGAUACGAAUGAGAGAGAUUUUAGAGAGCGUGCUUCAGGUAAUAAUCUGAGGUCCUGUGAUCGUUAUAAGCGAAAUAUUUUUUUAUUUCCGGGUAAUAUAUCUGAACGCGUAAAAAUACUUGCGUCGUUUCGAACUUUUACUUGCAAUAUACCGUUACGUUCUCGCAAUACUUAGAAGGAAGAAGAAGGAGAAGCAGAACAGAGGUGGAUCAAUUUAAAAAAAAAAAAAAGAAAACAAGAAUGAUAUGAAAGAACGAAUGAAAGAUAGGAAGAGAGAUAGGGAAAAGAAAAAGAUACGAAGAUGAGGAUGACGAGGGAGAGGAGAAGAAGAAUUUAGAAAGUCUGUAGGUUUUUUGACCAUGGAGCGAACUUUUUUAGAGAAACUCGGGCCAGCCCCUUACUCCCCCUAAACGCCUCUUUGUAACGCCCCAUCAAUCGACUCUCUCGACUUCGAUGUUCCCCUUUUUCCGACCUUUUGAUAAACGAAACCUUUCGACGAGACCAGACGAGAUGGAACGAAACGUUGACCGUAAACCUCCUAUCAAAUCAAAAGCAAAAAUGAUAGAAAGAAGAAAAUAUACGCGCUUCUUGAAAUUCGAAUUUUGUCGGAAUCGUCUAAAAAUUCUUAUUAUAAAAAAAGACGAGUCAGAGGCGGUCCAAAGAAAUUGUUAAGAUAAAUUUCGACUACGAUUCACCUACGACACGUUCGAUUUCUUCAUUUCUUCGACUGGCAAUCGCGGACUGAAGAGUGCGGAACUUGAAAAAGAAAUAAUGGUAGCGUGCCGAAUUUUUUCUUCCCUAGAGACACGUCGUACGUCGACCCGCGUUAUUGUUGUUGUUGUUGUUCCCUUGGAAGAUUCUCGACGAGACUUUUCCUUCCGUGAACCGGUUCGUAUGAAUUCCCUCCUUGCACCUCUAAAUCCCCAUUCUCUGUAAAUUUCGCUUCCCGAACGAUUUUCCUGUUUCUGUCCCGAGACAAUUCGAAAAGAGAACUUCUGUCGAACGCGCUUUCAUUUCAAAAGUCACCGUCUCGAUGUUAGAACCGUUAAAAACGGAGAACAGAAAUUCGAAAUUCCGUUUCCCGACGAUCGCAAAAAGAGUCUAUCGAAACUUCUCCGUUCCUCUUCAGGGGACCCCUUUGUUCGCCAAUUACGAAAGUAGCCUAACGUCGUCAUCUUCGUUGAACGUAAAAGACACGCGCCGAGAAGCCGCUGGGUAGCCAGGCUUUUUUCACCAUCCGGGACGAGAGAAGAAAAGAUUGCUAAAAGAUUCAUCGUCAAAGCUACAUUUAACGAUCGCACUCGCCUCGCGACUGGAACCCGCAGGCCGAUCCCUCGACCGACUUCAGAAUCACUUUCAAAGCGAAAGCGUCGCCGUCAUUCAGAAUUACUUUUGACAAAUUUACAAUUCGACAACAGAGAAAAGGAAGCCUUCGCAGAAAACGGCGACGCAUCGAGAAAAGCACCCUUGGAACGUGUAAAAGUGCGAGGGGCGCUCCGGGUUCUCAGUGGAGCGCACGCGGGUCGAUCAUUGAUCGUUCUUAUUAUAAAAUUUUUUCGUUACAGGGCGUUUUUUCCUCGGAUUAAGUAGUAUGUAAAUACACCUUGAUAUCACAAGCAUAAACUGAGAAUUUACUGGUAAACUUAAAUCAAGUACAUAAUGCGAAAUAGGGUUAGUUUCUAUGUAAAUACCUAAAGCUGGACGAGUGCAUACACCUCGUUCACGCAACCAACGAUAAUCGUUUUUAUCGAACCAAUGCUUCUGUUCGUCAUCGGUGUACGCCUGGUCGUUGGUCCUCGUUCUUAUGCGAGCCCUCACACCGCCGAGUCGCUUCAUUACCAACUAUAAAAGAAAGCCGUAAUCCGGCAAAAGGGUUGCCGCAGAAGAACGUUCUCCAAAAUGGGCGUCGCUGAUCGGGAAAUUUUUUUUUCUCGACACUCAAGACACACGAUUACACAGACACGCUCACAUACACACACACAGCAUUGCGAUGGAUUGUACAGCUACGAUAGGAUAGAGAUAAGUAAGCCUCAGAACACAAAUUCUUCACACACUCGCACCACCGGCACCGACUAGCCUCCAAAUUAAGACAGGGACCAAACACGUUUGGCGAAACACGAUUCUUUCAUUUUUCAUCCAGGAGGUAUGACAUUGCAAUUUCGUGGAAGAACGCGAGACACCGUUCCCAUUCCGGGUAUAUUAUAUGAAACGUUUUUCAGAACGCGGAUUCGUUUGUUUCGGCAAAGGUGCGGCGCGAUUAUCCAAAUAGAGACUAGAUUAAUCGGAACGUAGGAGAGAGGUCGAAGUUCGAUCGAAUGAAAGAGUGAAUGAGCGAGCAUUUGUGUCAGGCGAAGAUCAGGACCUUUGUUCUUUUGGUGAUACGCGUGCCGCACACGCAGAAGGAACAGUAAUAACGAAAAUUCAAAUACGAUUAUAAAAUUAAUUUUUCUAAAAAAAGAAAACGAAGUAAAGAAAACAUCUUUCUAAAACAAACGAAGUGGAAAAAAGGUUCUACGGUCCCUCGACAAAACAUGAAGAAAAUCAUCCAAAAAAUAUAAUGGUGCACGAAAAUAGGAGCGGAGGAGAUGAUACGAAAGAGAUUUUGAAUAAGAAAAAGAAGCAACAGCAUCACCACUUUUCACCAUCACUAUCGCCAUUGUCAGCUUUCAAAAGGAGAAACAAAAAAAAAAAAAAAUGUUAACAACAACAACAAUACAGUAAACACAACCACCCAGAGCACAACCGUCGAGAUCAUUCGUGAUCGUGAACGAUCAUGAAACGAGACGACAGCUUUUCACCGGUGCAUCCUGCCGUGCGCCGAGGGUUGCUUUUUCAUUGAACGUCAAGGAGAAACAAAAAGUAGACGAGAGAGGAGAGGAUUGAAAAGUGAACGGAAGAAAAGGUAGUGCGAGCAAAAAGCGAUCCAGAAUCGGUGGAAAAACAGAAAAAAAAAAAAAAGAAGGGCGAGCCGAUCGAAACUCCCCGCCACGAUACCAACAGACACACAUCACAUCCCCGCGCGAGAAGGAUGAAUUAUUCCCGAGGCGCCGGCCCGUGCCCCGCGAACGUGUACCAUAAUUAAUUAAAAAUUAAACAAAACACACAACAAACGCAAGUUACAAUAGCUCUAGUAGUGUAUGUUCUGUAAUCGAAGAAUGAUAAGCGAUGAUAAUAAAGCAUAAAAAAAAAAUUGACGUGCUCGCCCCGACGUAGGCGUGCCGGCAAGAAAAAAAGCACAAAAAAAUAAUUUACAAAUAUAUUGAUUUACAUAUGCCCGUAACUCGUAAGCGGGCCGGUGGCGCAGCGCGUCUACCUUCGCCGGAUUUUCAACGAGCUACCACUGUCGACGUAGUCCGCGAGACACGAGAGGCGAUCCGCGGUGAACCGCACAGCUCGACUCGGAAGAAAGAAGAGGAAGGAGCUCGCCGCCCGGCCGACGACUCUCGACGGCACACGACGGCGGAACGGCUGGAGCCGUUCGCGAACGAUGCGAAACCGAGACGGACGUGUGUCGAGGUCGCAGAGGAAUCGACGAGAGGAUCGAGCGGCGGCGAGCCGUAUCGCACCGAGCCGGCCGCUGGAUACAAGGAACUACCGGGCGACAGGAAAAGCGAAAAACGAAGCGAGUGCAGUUGACGUUGAGGAGACAACGUAUGGUGAAAACGAAAAUCGACGGAGCAGAAGGAAGCACGUGGACUGCAAAACCAGCCCUUACCCAUAAUCUUAAUCUCUUUCAUGUAAAUUUGCUAAAUGUUUAAAUAAUCUAAAAAAUGCCAUAGCCCGGAUGCGCUGGUGUAUACUCCCAGUGCAUACACACUCACAAAUACGACUCGACCUAACGAAUCAAACGCAAAAUCCGCGGCGCCAAUCGAGCGUCGCGGUAAAAUUGGUAUUCUCGCCAAGGAGCAAACAGUUCACAGCGACAGAAUCACAGACAAGCACAGACACACGAGUUAAGACAGAGACGGCCGAGUCUCACGAUCUCGGCCCCAGUACACAAUCGAAACCAAAGUUGCCCUGGUUAUCGAGCGUGCAACCCCGCGCGCUCACACACUUCUCAUAUACAAGGCGGCCGCGUCAAGCGUGUCGUCUACACACCUGCGUUUAUCGCAGGCACGCACACUUACACGCCUACAACUACACACUCUGCUACACUCUCUACACUUAAUUACACUUAACUACACACGCUACGGAUAUGUAAAGCCAAUUGAUUUUGUAAAUUGUCACGAGCAAAAAGCAGAAUUUUCAAAAAACGAAAAACCAGAACAAUUCGGCCGACAAGGUAUACAAAGUAAAAAAAAAAAGAAAAAAGAAUAAGAACGUUUACUACCGAUCCGUUUGAUAAGAUCCGCGCGAGGAUCGUCACCGAUUCGUUCUCGCUUGACGAGCGCAGAGGAAUCGUUUCGAGCGGCAGUGAACGAGGAUUUACGGUUUCAAAAAGAACUAAAAGCAAUUCAUCCAAAACGGAACAAAAUAAAUUAUGGGAAAAUAGAAAACGAGCACGAAACUAAAUUCGCGGCCUUUGGCAUACGUUUGGAUGCAGUACCGAUGACGAGAUGACGUCCGCGUCUCGACGCGUGACGUCGACCAUGCAUCCCUGACUUGACCCAAUAAACCCGGAAGUGACGCGACAUAAUCUUCGUCGAAGAAUGUCGAACAGGACGCGGCGCAGGCUGCGAGGCGAGCCACGUACGUAGAACUCGAGAUACCAACCAACCGGAACAGGUGUAAGUCGAACGAGAAACGUCCGACGAUGUGGGACGUCGUUCGACGGAUACAAGGGUGGCGCCUCGCACGACACGGACAAAGGAGAGCCUGUCCCGCGUACAGAAAUACCAGUGUGUAAUAUGUAAACCAUCCUAGGAAGUAGCAACGGCAUUAGGAGAGCCGUUGUUCGAUAUUCGCGGCUUUACAAGCAAAAACCGUUGAUUUGUUUUCGAUCGGGUUUUAAUUUUUUAAUGAAAUAAUCUCUCACAACGAAUAUAUCACGUACGAUCGCGAGCUAAUCGAUCCAUUCCGAUCCCAUCGACUGAGAGAGACCGAAAGGAAGCCGAGGCAAUGACGUAUGUGUAUAUUCGUGACAGUGUGUAUCGUAAGUGCGCAGCAUAUGAAAUAAAAAAACCGACAGUCUAGCAGUGCGAGCGCCUCGGCGGCAUUCGCGUUUUCACGCGGUGUCCCUGACCGAGCCUCCGUGAUUAAAAACCGGAAUAAGUUGUUUCAAUGUCCACUAUAUAAAUGAAGAGGCAUAGCUGAUAAGGCGGUGGGUUCGCGUUUGCCGUGCGUCGUCGCCGUCCGUUGCUCGAGUUCGCCCCGUUCACUCGAGGCGUGCGAGCAAUCAACAAACCCCGAACAUGGAGGCUGCGAUACCAUCCCCCGGAGUUCCAAGUAACAAACACAAAAAUCUAAUUGCAUUUCUUACAAUCGUUCGGCACCGUUCAAAAAUCACCGUUUCAUUUACAAUAGCUAACUCUUGCCGGAAAUCAAUUUGUCGAUCGUCUUGAUGAUCUUCGGGCACUUUGGCGACGCGUACACAUUGGACGUAAAAAGGAAAGACGAGAAGACGCGUUUUGUUGUUCUUCUUCCUCGAGAAAUAUGCAUGCUGAAACUCCAGCAGAGUAGUAACGUGCCGUGAAUCUGAUCGAUCGAGACGCUCUAAUCAAUCAAUCGGUAACACAAACCAAACCGGCGACGAACGUUUGCGAACCCACCGUACUGGCUGGUCGCCGUAAUCCGGACCGAGCCUCGCUCCGGCGAACCGUUCCGGGUUCCGCGACGAGUCGACACUCUUUUCGAAAUAUUCUCCAAAUUUUUGUUCACGGGAAUGUGUUUUCGUUACCCUGUUCCCGAACCGUGAACCCCCCGUAUGCGCGUUCGAGACGAGAUACCGAGCCCAAACAUUUGUUUUCCUUGCCGAUCAGAAGCCAGAAUCCCAACCAUUGGUACAAUUAAUAGUAUUACAUUUCAAAUUGUAAUUGACACAAAUAUGAAGUGAUCUAAAAGAGCAACUAAAUCGUAAAUGAUUCGGAGUCACGAAAUUGAACAGUGAACAGUAUGACAGAAGAAUACGAAAGUCCGCUUAGUGGGUGCCUUCGUCAGGGUUUUCUGUUACAGUUAAACAGGCGUUUUCAAGUAUAACUCACAACUAGUAGUACUAUGGUAGAACAGUUAUUACAGUGUACCGCAAUAAACAGUUAACUAAGUAAGUAUACAGGAAGCAUACAUGGUCUUUUCAGUGUUUACAGUCUUGUCGUGCACCACCGCGUAGUGGAACGACCGGAGAUACCGGAUUCAUUUCGUACGCAAUUUCCUUCGACCCCAGCCAUCGUGAUAACUCGCGUUAACGUUCGGAUCGCUUUCGGAUUAUCAGCGCGCGGUUCGCAGUAAAAACUAGAAAUGAAGUAACAACGAAAUUUGAUAAUUUUUAACGAAAAACGAAAAUCCGUUCUCCAAUUUGUUUUCAUCUAUUCGGUCCGGCCGCGCGUUUCCCCCAGAAAAUCGAGUCCCGUGAAUCCCCACCCGAGGUUCAAUCAGUAUUUAACAGAAUAAAUAUGCUACUAAGUGUACUAAGUGUUCGUAGUUUAGGCAACGUGUACGUUGCAUACUCCGAAUAGGUCGAGAGAGAAAGAUGUGAUCGAGACAGUAGGCGGAGAGCGCGAGGAGGAGACGAUUACGUACGAUGGGAGUCAUACAUAUUUAAACUAACACAGAUAAAUAAUUAAUUAAUUACAGUACCGUAACCAUUUGUCAAGUCAAGUUAAUUAACAGUUAACCAGUAACGCAUACACGCAUAAUUAUUAAUUAAACGUACUCGACACUAUAUUCUAAGGGCAGCAAGCGACCGCGCACAGGCGUCGCAUUUACUCAAUAAAUAAAUCGCGGAGGCACUCACUACGGAGAUGAACCACAGGGCUCUGGUACUCGGACGCGGAUCGGAGGGUGCUUGAACGAGCGUCGCGACGCGUCACUUAAAGAAAGAAAAAAUCCAGAGACUAACUCGGAAAACAUCCUCCGGAAAUGGAGAGGAAGACAAAAAAAAGUAACGUCACCGGUUUUAAUUCCUCGGUCCAGGAAGACGCGGAGCUACGUGCGUUCAAGUUCCCCCGUGUUUUUAUUAGACUUUCAAGUGCAGCGUUCAGUUACUUCACUUAAGACGUUGCUUUCAACACAAUACAAAACACCCACUGACCCCCGCCCAUCCUUGCAGAUCAGAUCCAUUCAACUUACCACCUCCCCCGCCCAUCCCACAACAGGUAAUCCUUUCAGAACCUACCACCCACCACCACCACCACCACCACCACCACCAUCCCCCAGUUUUACGUGUACGCAUUGUUUCAUAUCCGUUCGCGAUGUCUCAAUUAUGGAUUCUCAUUCGCCGUCACUCGCUUCUCGUAUUCCCCCUUAUGAACGUUUCUCGAUUUACGACGAGAAGUAAAAGAAAAAAGGAAUUUAGAUACGAACGUCCAUCUAAAAAAAAUUGAAGACGUUUUGGGAAUCAAAGGAAUGCACUGUUUGAAAAAGAUGGGCGUUUUGGUUUUGGGAAACGGGACGCGAGAGGCGGCGGUGAUUUGUUUAAGAAAAAAAAAAGACAAAGUUGAGUUACGAACUUCUGACACUUUACGCGCAGUUAGUUGAUCGAGUAAUGACAAAACAAAUCUUCUUGUUUAAUUUUCGGCGCCCGUUUUCGUCGCGUUUCUACCGUCUGAAUAAUAAAGAACCUAUCCGAGUAUACGUUCCAGUAGAGAAACCGCGAAAAGCAAUUGGUGGCGAAACGACAGUCUUAGCACGAUGCGACGAAAAUGUGCGUGCAGGUUUAAUGGUAUCGAUUGAGUUUGGUCGAAGUCCCCUUUUGGGCAAAUUGUAUAUCGACGCACUUCCGGUUCCGCGGGCCCACGUGAAUUCAGAUCGUCAGGAAGGAACGAGAGAACUAGUAAAAGGAUAGAGAGCCCAUGCGUUUCGUCCUAGUCAUUCGAAAUUCAAUUCUAGUCAAAAGAGGGUACAAAGCCGAGAAGCGAGAUGUUUUCGCCCGGCAGUAUCGGUACUUAUUUAUUAUGUGUUCGAACACCAAAAAAAGAAAAAAAAAUGAAAAACGCGUCGAACCGAAAGAAUCGAUUCGAGGCUCGUGGAAGAUCGACUUUGUAACAAUUGGUGCGGGGACAAAAAUUCCUAGGACGAAUUCUAAUCGCUGCGCUGAUGAAAAAUGACUGGGCCUGUGGGACCGUACACGAGAAAAUAUCCGCGUUGUUGACAAAGGAAAAAAAAAGAAUCUAAACAAGUAGCCUCUUUUCGUUGUAUCUAAAAGUCGGCCAAAGUCCGAUCGAUCCUUGUAUAAGCAAAAAGAAAAAAAAGAUGUGAAAAAAGCGACACUUUUUCAGAAAUCCUAAAAACUGAAUGUACGGUGCGAAUGAAUCUUUCGAUAUGCUUCGAUGAUAAGUUGUUAAUUGUUCUUUCGUGUUUUAUCCUUUUUUUACUCUUAAAUGUUUGCCCAUCCACGCUGUCUGGCGAGGGCAUUGGUCGGAUCCCCGUUCGCGUUCAAGCAAAUCCAGUCCUGACUCUUAAAAAAAGAUCUUAGAACGAUUAGUCAAUUUUGAAAAAAAAAAGAAGUGAAUCGAACGCGACGCGGGGAUCCGUCGAACGGUCCGGUUAAUUCAACGCUACGAUUAUUACUAUUAUUACUGCUACUAUUAUUAUAAUUAUCGCUACUCUAUUAUCGCUAUUAGUUAUUACUGAUUAGUUGAUUACAACGAGGAAAAGAGAUUGCUGAAGGGCAAUUGGAGGCGUAUUUUUUAGAGAGAAACAGCAAAUCGAAAAGAAACUGAUCGAGAUCUAUCGAAAAAGAGAUGAACGAGACAAGCGAAUCGACGAAGAAAGAAUCGGUAGUAAGGGAAUAGUAGCCACGUUUCGAGAUUCUCCUUUUUUUUCUGUUUAGUUCUUCCCUAUUACCUUUUUUUUAUACAAAUAUACAUAUUUUAGACAUAUACUUGUAUGUAUACACGAACAAGCACAUAUAGAGUUAUAUUAUAUAAAUAUAUAUAUACAUACGUUGAGAGAGAGAAAGAGCGAGAGAGAGAAAGUUAUACUCGUUAAAUAUUAUAUAAUUAUUUGUAUACUUAUUAUUUAUACACGAGCGAAGCCGGGACGUAAAAGUUGUACGUAGAAGGAGCGCGUUUUCGAGCAAUUGCCAAAUUUUCAGUCUCCCUCUUCUGUUCAUUUUAUUUUCGUCUGCUCGCGAGAAAAAGGAAAAAUUGUUUCUAGGGAAAACCGUCGCGUUUCUCUUCUUUAAUCUCGUUUUCGAUGUCUUCCCUCUACUAGUAAUUUUUACGCGUAACGACUGACACUUUUUGUACGCCACUAACAACCAGCGUCGUUUGUUAAGCUUUACUUCUCUAACACGUUAUGUUCAGCGUGAGAGAUAAUCCUCGCUUUUUUCCUUUGUUUCUUUUCCGUUUCCUUUUUUUCCCUCUGUUUAAAUCGCGCGCGUUAGUCAAUCGAGAAACAAGGAAAAAUAAUCGCGUUAUACGUUCCUCUUUGUCUCUUUUAUGUAUGCCAUUACAUAUUAUAUUAUGUCCUGUCGUUCGAGUUAGAAGAGUGCCAGGAGAAGGAACGGAAUUCACGACAAAUUUUAUAUCUUCUUUAUGUAAAAAAUUCUCUUUCGAUGUCAUCUGAUGCUAUCGACAAAACAAUUGGACUGAUCGAGUCCCAGAAUUUUCGAUUAAGAGUUGCAUUCUCCUGCGUACUCUUCGCUAAUCGCACUUCGCGACGUUUUUAUUCACUGAUCGUCACGCGUGUCCACGCGAGCCGAGGGGACGAGUCGGUUCUAUCGGGUCCGGUCUCAAUUCGAGUUCCUAUUUCCUUCGCGAAACGGUGAAAAACGAGAAAAGAAACACUAGACGGGUCGAGAAUUCUGUUCGGAAAUUUUCGUUGAAAGUUGAGAUUCGUUGGUUCUGGCAUUCGAUAUCGGUGAAUACAAACACCGCGUCGAGUUAUGUUUGCUAGUCAGAAUUGGUUAAAACGAAGAACGAAGGCGACGAGCUAAGGAGUUUUACGAUUAGUUACUGCCUAUUAAUUAAUUAAUUAAUUCAUCGUUCGUAUCGUGUAAUUUAGUGGUUUAGUGACAUACACGGAGCUCGGAUCACUCUCGAGCCACGUCCUCUUUACUAUUAUUAUUAUUAUUAAUAUUAUUAUUAUUAUUAUUUCUUUUUUUUUUCUUUAAGUAAGAACAGAAAUGAAAACGUGCACGCGGGACUCGCGUAAACAAAACUACGGUUCUUUAGUUACUAUUCGCGUAGAAAAGGCGUGUCGGGUCGCCGGUUUUCUAACGAAACUUGUUACGAUUUGUCGUUCACAGUUGCGUCAAGUCUUAAAUAGUACACGCAUACAUAUUUUUCAUCCCCCCCCCUUCCCGUCUUUUUGUAUCCAGUACCGUUUCUCCCUUUAUUGUUUUAUUUCUCCUUUAACAUCUCGAAGGUACAUACAGACUAUUCAGUCCUAGCGUCGUUUUUGACUACUGCAACCGGUGUACUGCUACUACUACUAUUACUACUAUUACUACUACUGCUACACUGCUACCACAGCCGUUUAGAAGACACGCUAAUUUAUCAUUUUUAUUACCCUUAAUUUUCGUACUACUAGUUUUACCGUUAUUACUAUUAUAAGUUUUAGUCUAUCGUUAGUUAUCAUCACAAUAAUUGCACAUCGGAGAUCAUCAUCGCGUUACACGUUAAUUAAGUUAAAAACACCUGUUUUCGUGGCACUCUAUGGCCAUCGUUAUAUUAUGUACGUACUUCUUUUCUUUCUCUUCCACCCCUCCCCCUUUUAUUGUACGUUAGAUUAAUUUUGUGGUACGUCAAUGUGGUUCCUUAAAACGUCGAGGUUCGCUAUCGACGGUCCGACUAAAUAGAACGUUUCAAACCGUACGUGAUUUACUGUCACGGUGUUAAAUAAAAAUCUCUGAAAUACGCUGACGAUUGUCGCAAGGAAUUUAGGACACGUGCAUUUAUUAAAAUAUUAUCGUUACCUAUUGUUCCGCCGGCGGGGCGUUGAAAGUGCGUCGAGGUGAAUCUUAACAGAAAUUUGAUUACUGGAAUUUGAUAAUUAAUAUAACUGCGGAUUUGUAGAAAAAUAUCAGAAGUGCAUAUCACGACGUUUGAAAGAAAAAUCGCAUAAAUCUGAGAGAAAUUGUAUAAUAAUUUCUAUCGACUCUAUUGAAAAAUAUUAUUUCGAGUAAAAAUCCGCAGUGGGUUUGACGAGAGGGGCCUCACACUUUCAAUUUCGCCGGCGUUUAUCAGUUAUCGCUACUACUACCAUUAGUUACAGCCUAUUGCUACUAUUACUACUAUUAUUAGUUAUCGCCAUCGAUUCUUGAGCCUACCGUCGAUCGGCGAGCGAGGUAACUGUUUCGAUCGCUUCUCGCCUCCAAACGCGCUGUCCUAUUCGAACGUGUACAAAAUCUAAACAUCACAUUGAUCAUAGAAACGGGAGUAGAAUAAAAGCGACGUCCUGAUAAAAAGUCGAUUGGACAGCGCUGAGCAAUAAGGAGGCGGGAGGGAGACCAACACGCGAUUAGAAAACACGUAAUGUGGAAGGUUUUACAUCUGGAGUGCGAUAAAGAGCUAAGGAGAAAAGAAUUUUGUUUUACGCACCCCGACGACGUCCUCGGAACUCGCGUUCCGACGGCGUUGCCCCGGGCAGCCAACACUUUCGAGAAAGCCGUAUAAUAUACAAGAAUCCUCGAAGCGCCGCGUACGUAGUUUGAGCAGCGUUUACAAUUUCGACUUUCGGCAAUGGUCGACGCAGAAAAAUAAAAAAAACGCAAAAUAAUCUAGAUGGUAAAUCCUGGAAACAAGGGAGGAAAGAUAGUGAUGUAGAAAGGGAGAAAACGAGAGUAGUCAGGUAAAAAGAUUUAAAUAGAAAAUAAAAAAAAGCGAAACGUCGAAGGAAAUAAAUAAUUAAGCAGUCUCUUUCGGUUACGAGCAAGUUCCGCAUUGUGUAGGAUUACUCAUAAAUGGUUCUUAAUGUAUGAUGAUACAUGUGAUGCACUAUCCAGGAGAAAGAGCAACGCUUUCGAUGAUUGCGAGAAACGAUGAAAUGAACAAAAGCAGAGAACGUAAUAUGUUCGGCGAAAAGAAUCGCGAGAGCCUUUUUUGUGACACCCGGUUCGGUCCGGCGCCGUAUAUUCGUUGGGACCGAACGGGUCUGUCACUGUUUCCGUUUUCACACACCGUUUUAAAAAGCAGAUAUGAAGAGACAUUCGUCAACUCGAGUGCUUCCGUGCGACGGAACGACUUCCGGGCCGCACGCGGAAGAACAAUUUCCAAAAAUUUCAAUCGUUUUACCACGCCACCCGGCGUCCGACGAGGAGUGCUCGUGGCGGGACGCGGGUGGGCAGUGUUCGAUGUGAUUCACUUACUAUGGUAUCGAGAAUUUUAAAUGAAAACGAUUGGAGAAGCUCUUCUGUUCCACGGUCCAGGUUUUCAGUGAUUUUUAUAGAAAGCGAAAUUAUCGUUCAGAAGGACGUCUCCAUAAAUAACCACUGAAGGAUAUUGUUUCCGGUAUCUUUUGUACCGAACGGAACCCCGUCCCGAUCGCGCGUUCUCCCUGAAAAAUUUAACAACAUUUGAGGAUAAAUUAGAUUGAUAGAAACGUCCCUCGAAACUGGUUGAAUCGAAUUUUUGAUACUUUCCAGGCUGGGAAACCGAUCGGGACGCAGAUUCCGUUUCAUUUAAUUAAACAUAUCAAAAGCGACACUGUCACUGCGAUGGAAUAUUAUUUUUAACCAUUUAGGAAUAAGCAUGUACUUGGGAAAGGAGCAGUGUUUCAGAUACUUGCAAGUACGUAGAUACCAUUGAACACUGUUGGAUUCAUGUUUUUCCGAUGAUCUAGUGUAAUUGCGGAUGCGAAAAAAGUGGAAACGAGUGUUAUAUAGGAAAACUUGUCUUUCGGGCUUCCUGUUAAGAGCGUGCCGAUUCGUUUCGACGAAGGUCCCAUUCAGCUCGGUCGUCACGGGAGAGGAAAUCUCGUUAAAAUUCAUGAUUCUCGUAUUAGUGGGACCGAUCGGUCGUCGCGCGGGACGGAAUUCUUCCCGCGCGAUCAACACGAGGUGGGAUCGUCGACGAUCUUCGUCGAAACGAGACUGGCGAGUCAGAAAUUGAAGAGCCGUUCGAGUUUCGAAAAAAAAUGUCGCGACAAAACGAUCGAACGACUGUAAAUAAUACUAUUAAAAAUCGCGGGAGGCGUGCGUAGAGUGUAGAAAACGAAGCGCGUACAUUUCGCAGAAGGAGAAACGUUUUGUUCCGGCAGCGAGCUCCGUUGGAAGCCUCGUCGAUUCUGGAAGCACGCGAUUGACCAGCCUAAAAGUAUAACUUCUCAAUGUCUUUCCAAAAUCGAAGGCGAAUGAAAUAAAAAAAGGCUGAGAGUAUCGCGAGUGCGAUAUCGAAUUUUCGUAUCGCUAAAAUUUCUUGUGCGAAAGGGAUACUAAGUCUGACUGUCGAAAAAAAAGCAUACACAAAUUACGUGAGCGUGAGAAAUCUGAAGCAGGGUGUGAAAGAUUGCGUUACGAAUGCAUUCAGUGCGAAUGUGAAAUUUCGAGUGUCUCUGACGGGAAACUCUGAGAGAGCGUGACAAAGAGAGAAUGAAAGAGAGAGACAGAGUAUUUAGUGCGUGAAUGAGCGAGUGAAAACUAAACAAAAUUUUACUACCAAGUGGACUAGAAUCGCAACCGAUGGGCAUUAUUAAGCGAAAAUGAAAUUUUUCGGAGCGUUUUUUCGACGGAGAAAAGCGUCCAAAAUUGUACCUAUUUUCAUUUUAUAAAUUAUAUAUAUAUAUAUGUAUAUGUAUAUGUAUAGAUAUACGACGAACUAAAGGAUCAUUAUUGUGAGAUGUAAUGUGAGAAAAACAGGGCGGUUAAGAAGUUGAAAGAAGACGGAGAGAAGGAGGAGAGAAAAAAAAAAGAUGAAGAAUUAUUGUAUCUAUAUUCGGAGGUGAUCGAUGAUGUAUUCGAGUCGUGAUUAUUAUUAUUAUUAUUAUUAUAUAUUAUGAUUAUUGUGUAUAGUUAAGGCGAAAAUGGAAUUUUAGACGAAAUUAUCGAACUCGAAGUACAUAGGGAAGCGCGAAAUAGUGAGAGAAAGCGAGAGAAAGCGAGAGAAAGAGAGAGAAUGCGAGAGUUGAGAGAAAAAACAAAAAAUUUUUUUUCACGGUGAUUGCACACUGUAAUGUCGGCGAGCAAACAAAAGUCCCCCUCCCCUCGAGCGAAGAGCGAGAAACGGCAGAGUAAAAAUUGAGAUAAAAAGAAAAAUACACGUCACGGCCAAAUGGGUAGGAACGAGAUAAGAGGAAAGGUAGAGAGCACAUGCGUAAAAAAGAAAAACGAAAACAAAAAUUGAUAUAAUCAACCAGAAUUUCGAUACGAUACAACGCAUACAAGAUGAAACAAUAGCAGGCAAUAGUUUGGGUUCGCUGGAAUAAUUUCGCAUUUACCGGUACACAAGGCACACAUUUUUUGACGCAACCAAAAAGAUAAAAACGACUCAAUCCUUGUUUUCUUUUAUACGACCACCACAACAGCAGAAAAAAAAAA